AUGACUUUUAUGCCUCUACUUUAUGCAUCCUUCACGCCCAACAUAGUUAGCACUUCUCUCACUUGGAUUGAUACUGCUGACGAUCUAGUUGCUCUUCUUGGAGAUGAACUUAGCGGGCGAGAAGCGAUUGGUGAUGAUGUCAAUCCCUACGAAGAUCAUCUCCUAGGUUCUCAGGAUGGAAUCGGUGAGGCUUUCGACUGGAGUGGGGAUGUACCUAAUAUUGGUGACGCUGGCUUCUGCUUGGCAGGAGAAGGAGAGGAGGCUGAACUGGAUAUCAUCCUAUCUCAGCUUUAUCUCAUAUUUCCUGUUUAUCUCAGUAACAAUUUUGGCUUGCAAUUGCUGGAAGGUCUGCUCGGAGGAGUAGGGAAGGACUGUGGGGAUGUUGGUGAGCUGCCGAUUGUAGAGAGUGAACUGGAGAAGUACAGACCCAAGACCCUCAGCGAAGUCUACGGAAACGUCGAACAAAUCAACACCCUACGCGCCUGCGUGGCUCAAGGCACCAUUCCCAACCUCAUUCUCGCAGGCCCUCCUGGUGUUGGUAAGACAUCAAGCGUCCUUUGCAUCGUGCGCGAGCUCUUGGAGGGCCAGUUCAAGGAGGCAACCCUUGAGCUGAACGCUUCCGACGAGCGCGGCAUCGACGUGGUGAGGGAGCAGAUCAAGUCCUUCGCGCAGAAGAAGGUGGCUUUGGGCGCAGGCAGGACCAAGAUCAUCGUGCUGGACGCGGACAGCCUGACCGAGGGCGCCCAGCACGCCCUACGCAUGAUCAUCAGCAACUUCAGCGACACGACCAGGUUCGUGCUCUCCUGCAACACCUCCUCCAAGAUCAUCGAGCCCAUCCAGAGUCGCUGCAUCAUCCUCAGGUUCGGAAAACUCAAGGACAAUGAAGUAGAGCUCAACCUCAAGAGGGUCAUCGAGGGCGAGGGAGUCAAGAUCACCGAACAGGCCUUCCGCACGCUUCUCUUCAUCGCUGAUGGAGAUAUGAGACCUAUCAACAAUAUCCAGGCUUGCCACUUCGCUAGUCAGGGAUAG